AAUGGGAAUGUGGCGGCCAGGAUACGAAUCCAUACAACAAUCACAACGCCGGUGAGAAAGUGUGAAGUCUCAGGCUAGCUGGUUUUACUCGCCUGAGUGACUUUAUAUCACUUUAUCUCACAUCUCUUUUGCACUAUUUUGAACGGUUUCUAACAGGAAAAGGAUUUUUGGAAAGGCGUUUUGGACAUUGUUUCAUUUUGAAACAUCUACCUACAUCUGCUGUGCUUCUUUUUUGUGAUUUUGGGACAUUUCUACUUUGACAGCUGCUGAAGGACCACAAACUUAAUUUCUAAGGACAUUUUAAUCCUCGAUUGCUGUCAGGACCGUUUCUGACUGCACAUCUGAACCCAAAGACUCAACAGUAAGCAGUUAAACAAGAAGAGAAGCCGCAGCAGCAGCACCUUUUACUGUUUAUUACGAAUGUCCACAAAAAUGGAGCAGCCGUUCUACCACGACGACUCCUUCCUGCUGGGCUACGGCCACUCGGACGCGGCGCUGCACGACUACAAGCUCCAGAAGCAAGCGAUGAACCUGAACUUGGCCGAGCCGUACCGGAGCCUCAAGUCCGAGCAGUACGCGGCGGCCAGCGUGAACUCAGACGCCGCCUCCCUCAAGCUCGCAUCGCCCGAGCUGGAGCGGCUCAUCAUCCAGAACAGCAACGGCGUGAUCACCAGCCCGACACCGGGCCAGUACCUCUACGGCCGGGGCAUCACAGACGAGCAGGAGGGCUUCGCGGAGGGAUUCGUGAAGGCGUUGGACGAGCUGCACAAGAUGCACCAGCAACCCCCGCCCAACGUGUCGAUUGGUGCCGGGGGCGUGACGACAUGCUCCGCAGCCGCGGCGGCUGCUGCCUCCGUCUUCGGCUCCUCCCUGCAGCCCGAGCCGCCUAUCUACACCACGCUGAACGCGUACUGCCCCACGCCUAGCCUCUCCACCCCCUCCUCCGCCUCUUCCUCCGCCUCCUCUGCGUAUCCCUCCGCCACCAUCAGCUACCUACCGCCACACAUCCAGCAACAGCACCAUCCCCACCACCACCACCAGCAGCAGCAGCAACAGCAGCACCCAGCGGAAACGACGUCAGCGCACUCCUUCCAGAACCUUCUCUCGGGGGCCACGGGAGUCCACCCGCACCGCUACUCGGCUCUGAAGGAGGAACCUCAGACCGUCCCGGAGAUGCACGCUACCAGCAGCGAGCACAGCUCGCCGCCCAUGUCGCCCAUUGACCUGGAGAGCCAGGAGCGGAUCAAGGCGGAGCGGAAGCGUCUCAGGAACCGCCUGGCAGCCACCAAGUGCCGGCGGCGAAAGCUGGAGCGCAUCGCGCGCCUGGAGGACCGAGUCAAGGUUCUCAAGUCGGACAACGCGGGGCUGUCGAGCACGGCGUCCGUGCUCCGCGAGCAGGUGGCCCAGCUCAAGCAGAAGGUGCUCAGACACGUCAGCAGCGGCUGCCAGCUCAUGGUGACCAGCAAGAUGGAAGCGUUUUAAGAACUGAAAAACACUGAAGAACACAAUAUGACCAAUGGACACCACACAAAACACUGGACAGUCGAUGUUUGUGUUAUCUCCAAUGGCACUGGGACGAUUAAACAUGUAUUCUACUGACGUGCAGGAACUUCUUUAAUAAGUGAAAUGGUACUUCCUGUUGCUAGGAGCCGUAAAACACAGAUCGGAGAAACACAAACAAACGCAAACAGCGAACUACACAACCUACAGCUCAGAGGCAGAGAAACACAGCUGUCUGGAGGCAGUGUGAACAGGCCAGUAGCCUACUCCAUGUCAGUAACACACUUUCUGUUGUUAAAGGGAGAUGUUUGGGGUGUUCGUAGCCUUUUUAUGUAAAUGCAUCUUAUUAUUGUCAUGCAAUACAGCAUUUCUUUUAAAUGUGUAAAUUAUUUUUAUUUGCGUGUCAGUCGGGUUGAUCCUGACUCAAUGUUAACAAAUGUCACAUGUUUACACUUUUUUAUUUGUGCGCUGUUCUAUUUAAGUAAAAAAAGUCAAAUAUAA